GAGAAAAACCCUUCACGCCCUAUUAUUCCUUUGAUACAGACAUGAAUUCUUAACCAGCGAGUAAAAGAAAAGGGAUCGUCGCAUCGAUCUCGUAGGCUUCGUCUCGUAUUUUCACGCAAUCAUACCUACCAUUUCGAUGGCAACAGCCGCUGACAAACCCGUCGCCACCGCCCCUCCAGCAUCCGUCGUCUAUUCAUCGGCUGAACCGAACUCUAAGCACAUCGUGGACCCUGCUCCACCUUCCACGGACAAGUUAGAUCCUCCUAACUCUGAUACUCCCGCUUCUGAAGUAUCUCUUAAGGAGAGCGAGGGUUCGCAGACCAGCGGGACUAUUGUGAGCUCGGUCGCCAACGGUGGCAGCGGUCCCGUUAACGAUAUCCAGAAGAAGAUUCGCCGAGCUGAGCGGUUCGGCCUACCGUUUCAGUUGUCUGAGCAAGAGAAACGUAAUUCUAGGGCUGAGAGGUUUGGUGCUGCACCCGGCACGAAUGGAUCAGAAGCAUCUAAGCAAUCGGAGGACCUAAAGAGGAAAGCCAGAGCAGAGAGGUUUGGGCUCUCUGUACCCUCUAUGGCUGCUGACGAGGAGGCCAAAAAGAAAGCACGUCUUGCCAGAUUCGGACCAGAAUCUAAACCGGAUAAUUUAGAAGAGGAAAAACGAAAAGCAAGGGCACUCAGAUUGAUAACAUAG